GACAUACACACACACACACGUAGUAGGCGGAGGCAAGAAGCCACACACACACAUUGGAGGGAACCCCAUCAGCUGUGGGAAGCAACACAGCUUGAAGUUACUUUUAUUUUUCUCUCGUUUCUUCAUAUUUCCUGAAGCUGUUUCUGUAAAUGUGCAUUAUAAGGGACUGAUUAACUGAGCUGUGUGUGUGAGAGAGACCAACAUCGUUAUAUUGUAAGUAGAGAAGAGGAAGGUGGAGGAGGAGGAACAGACUGAAAACACGGACUACAUAAGGAAAGCAUGGAAUACUUCAUGAUGCCGACAGAGAAGAUCCCGUCCUUACAGCAGUUCAAGAAGACGGAGAAGGAUGUGAUCGGCGGGCUCUGCAGUCUGGCUAACAUCCCCCUCAGUCCGGAGACGGCUCAGGACCAGGAGAGGAGAAUCCGCCGUGAGAUUGCCAACAGCAACGAGCGCCGGCGCAUGCAGAGCAUCAACGCGGGCUUCCAGUCCCUGAAAACACUCCUGCCCCACACAGACGGAGAGAAGCUCAGCAAGGCCGCCAUCCUGCAGCAGACGUCAGACUACAUCUUCGCCUUGGAGCAGGAGAAGACACAGCUCCUGGCUCAGAACAACCAGCUCAAACGCUUCAUCCAGGAGUUUAGCGGCUCCUCCCCGAAGAGGAGGCGAGCGGAGGAAAAGGACGAAGGCAUCGGGUCUCCAGACACGCUGGAGGAGGAGAAGGUGGAGGAGCUGAGGAGGGAGAUGUUGGAGCUGAGGCAGCAGCUGGAUAAGGAGCGCUCAGCACGUAUGCAGCUGGAGGAACAGGUUCGUUCUCUGGACACCCAGCUGCACCCCGAGCGUCUGAAGGUGAUCACCCAGCAGGUGGAGGAGGAGCAGGCUCUCCUGCAGAGCCAGACGCUGUUACGGCUGCAGCAGAUCCACGCCGCUGACAGACAACCACACAGUCCGAAGGUGUUGGCCCCACCCACUCCUCCUGCACCAACCCACCACCCCACAGUGAUCGUCCCAGCCCCUACACAGCACCCCCACCAUCACGUCACCGUGGUAACCAUGAGCCCGUCUGCACACACCAGCACUGUGUCCACGUCCAGACAGAACCUGGACACCAUCGUGCAGGCCAUCCAGCACAUCGAGCGCACUCAGGAGAGGAGAGCGAGCGCCGAGGACGAGCAGAGGCGAGCGGUCAUCGUCAGCCCCGCCCACGUGGCCAUGGACACGGCAUGCUCGGACACAGACACCGACACAGAGGGGGAGGACUGCUCGAUGAACUGAUCGGCCCCCAGGAGCGCACACACUCACACACGCAAACACUUAAAAAAAACUCCAGACCCCUCCUCACUGUAAGAUUCCCUCCAGGAGCUCGACUACUUACCACAAACACAAAUCUUCUUCGGCAUUAUCCAAACUCUCCCAUCCAGCGGUGAAGCUCUGCGUCCGCCUCGUAUGGUCAGAUCUCGGAGGACUCGGGGGGGGGGGGGGCGUUCAGCGUGCCAGCGAGACCCCGUGGGGUCCGAGCCGGUCUGUGGCGAGCAGAAACCUUGACGGACUCCUCAAGUCAGAAGCUCUCCACAUCAGUCCGUCCAACACGUGUGUUUUCAUGUUUGCUUCAUACGGCCGCAGUGUGACGCCGGCACGCUGACCCCGACAUGCUGGCAUUUUCUCCGUGCUACACGUUGACGGAGAGUUGAAUGUAGAAACACGAUAAUCAAGCAGCUCUUCUUCGACGGGAUGUGACCGUCACUUGUUCCUUGCCCAGUCUUAAUUAGUUUAUAUCUGCGUCCUGAUUGGUUCGCUGAUAUUUUGGCGCCAGCGGCUACAAAAACUCCCCAGACUGGAAACUCCAACAGAAGGCAUUUGUAAAUUGUUGGGAAACUUCAAAGCUAAUUGGAAGAUGUUUGAAUGAGACGUCUGAUUUACUUGAAAAGUUGUUUUCAUAUCUAAGCCCUUAAAGAAAAUAAGCUGUUGAACAAUUUUAAUU